AUGGCUCAGUCCACUGCCACCAACAUGGCAAAUCCUAGCCCAGAAGCCGCGGCACUCUCCGCCAGCAACUACACGGUCGACAAAUCCCAGAUCCCUCGACCCUACAAGUGUCCGCUCUGCUCGCGUGCCUUCUACCGUCUCGAGCACCAGACACGUCACAUUCGCACUCACACGGGCGAGAAGCCCCACGUCUGCACACAUCCCGGUUGCGAAAAGCGUUUCAGCCGAAGUGACGAGCUCACCCGUCACGUUCGCAUUCACGCCAACCCAAAGAAGGGUGGUAGUGCGCACCACGACGACAAGAAGACCUCUUCUUCCACACGCAAGUCGAACGGCGCAUCCUCGUCCCACACUUCCCCUUCUGCCAUUGCUUCCGCCUCCUCAAAGCCCGGCCACAUCAACAACAGGCAACUCCGAUGGCAAGUCGGAGACGAGGAAGGGGACGACAGCGACUCGGACCGCGAACUCAGGCACGGCACCGGCCGCUCGGCCCGCAACGGCGAAAUGUCGACCCUCGCCAUGCUUGCUAGCGAUGAGCUGCACGAGCUCCAACGCGCCGAGCGAGAAGGUCGUCGUUCGGGUCCCCCUUCUCACGGCUAUCACUCGUCCCACUACGCACCCGAUCCCUACGCCGACCGAUAUCACUCUUCGCAUGGCCACAGCAGCUACGGUGCCUACCCGUCCGCCCCUCCUCCGGCUGCUGCUGGCGAGACAACGCCGCCCGGAUGCUCGCACGAGGACUGCCAUCGCAAGUACAACGACCGAAUCGCUUCCGCCAUCCUCGCUCGACCUUCUUCCAACCGUCACGCAGCAGAGUGUGGCUACGCACGUCCCUCGCACGGCAGCCAUCCGCCACCCAGCCUGUACCGCUACUACCAGCACGGUUCGCAUCACGGCGCCGGUGGAUGGGCUUCCACUUCGUCGAGCGUGCCCAGCAGUGUCGAGCACUCGCCGCGCUUCUCGCCCGACGACCAUUUGCACGGCGACGAUUACGUCUCUGAAUCCGAGCAUGCCACGUCCUUCCACGACGACAUCAAGCCCCGUCUUCCCAUGGCAGCUCCCGGUCCCGCCAUCCACUCGUCAUCGCACAGCCAAGCUCACUGGACACCAAGCAGCAGUCCUGUGCUCGGUCCUCUGCGCAACAUGAGCUUGCUCGGCGGCAACACGGUGCCCAACAGCCCCUACACCUCUCGUCCUGGCUCGCCCACCCACCGUCAUUCGAAUCUGCACUCGCCGCCGCACCACCACCACUACUCGUCGCACGAGGGUCCCGCCCACCAGUCUGGACUCGGCCACCACGGUUCGCACCGACACCGAUCGCAUCCCUACAUGGAGUCGUCGGCUCGUUCUCGCUCGCAUCACCACCUUUCGUCGCUCGGCAUGCCUCCCGUGCAGCAAUCCGCCAUUCCGCCCAGCACCUCGGGCGAGCGAAGCACUGCUGCCGUCGAACACGACUCGCUGGCCAGCGGCUCUGCGACCACUUCGGCGUCCACGUCGCCUGCGCAGCCCUCGCACGUGCCUCCCAAGCUCUCGCGAAGCCACAGCUUUGGUUCGCGCAGCAAGGGCAUCCCGUCGCUCAACUCGAGCACCAGCCUCUCGGCGUACCACCUGACUCCCGCGCAUGGGCCCGGAGCCGAUGCCGAACGCGGCGCUCGUCGCAGCAAGAUCGAGGAUAUCCUGGAUGGCGGCGUCGGAAGCCUGAAGCCGCACUCGUCUCGCUCGUCGUACUCCCACGGUAUGGCGGAUCCCUCGUCCAGGACGCUGCCGCCUCCCUUCCCAGCAAGUGGUGCUUCGCACCGGGAUGGAAGCCACCACCCUUUGCCCGGACACCACCACACGCACGCCUACAACUACCAUCCCUACGGCGGUGACCACAAGAAGAACGCACGCAGCAGCUCGCGUUCCGCUCCGGCCAGCAGGUCUGGUUCGCCGCACGGCUCGCCCGUGCUGCACCACGCGCUGCCUACCCUGCCUGGUGCCGGCAUCUCGUCCCGCUCGCACAGCCGUCAGAGCUCGAUCGGCAACGGUUUCGGCGCCGGCUUGGCCAGCAGCGAGUCGAGCCCCACCAGCACCUACUCGCAGGUGCCUCCUCUGAGCGCCACCAACUCGCCGGCUGGCGUGAUCGGCUCGAACCCGACGGGCAGGAGCAAGAAGGGUCCGCUCUUCGGCAUGACCCCCAUCCACUCGGCGCACCGGGACCACGGCACGACGCUGCCGCCUCUCGGCCAGGCGCUUUCUCGCGAAACGUCGCCGAUCAGCAUGCACCUGCCCCCGCCCAUGAAGAGGAUCCACUCGCACACCGAGAGCAGCGCGCCCGAGGUGGACAUGUCGUAG